GUCCUCUUCGAUCGGUCCAUGAAAUCAUAAAUUAAGCCUCUCUACCACCAAGUUGGAAAAAACUAGGAUACACAUUCAUCAUAAGAGCUGAUAAAGGUGGAUGAAGAUCAAACUUCAUUCCAAAAUCAAGACCUUGUUCUCAUCCAAUUCGACCGAACCAAAUGAGUCGAACCCAGAAAUUUUGGACAUACGCGAAGAAUACGCUAAAGCUUUUCGAACGGAAUCUUACACUGAUUUUUGGACACACGUUCUUGCCUUAAACCGAGGGCAGCUCACCCCUCACAGAAGUCUGGGCUCCAAAACAGCAGCUCGGCUGCCUUCGUACCGGCUGUUCGCGGAGAAUCUCUUGGAUCCGGAUCAGCCCACUGUAAAACGGAUCCUGAGCACGACCCGCAUCCACCCAAAUAUUUCACCUCUCUUGACCGACUACUUCGGCACUACCUCUUGUGCUUCUCAUCUUUGCGGGCUUCUCCUCAAAGAUAUUAACCACAUAAGGAAGAAAUUCAAAUCCUUGAAAGACCCAUCGAAAAUAAACCAUUUACCCGUAGUGGUGACCCGGGUGACCUUAUUCUCAAGAUCCAACCCCUUCUCCUUGCUAGGUGCAUCGAUGAGCCGUCUCCGAGCCGUGCAAGCCGGUUGCUCCGACCUGCUCAGACAGCUCGAGUCACGUCGUGACAAGGCGCUGUUGAAGCUCCGACGCCUCAAGAAGGUGAAGCUCGGGUCAGCUCUUCUCCUGGUGGCCGUCACGGCUUCGCUGGUGGUGGUCGUGGCGGCUCAUGCUUUCGUGAUGCUGGUGGCUGCACCCGCCGUGAUGAUGGAGCUGGCUUCGAUGGAGGAGCUGGCUAGGUGGUCGGCUCAGCUGGACACGGCGGCUAAGGGGACUUACAUACUGAUCAGGGACUUGGACACGAUAGGCCGGCUGGUGGCUCGGCUUAACAACGAGCUGGAGCGGGUGGAUGGGUUGGUGCAACUGUGGGUGCAGAGAAGGGAUGAUGGGCUGCAAGGUAGUGAGGAAGUGGCUUGCCAGCUGAAGAAGAAUAACCAGAGCUUCAUGGAGCAGUUGGAUGAGUUGGAAGAACAUUUGUACUUGUGUUUCAUGACCAUAAAUAGAGCCAGAAACCUUGUUCUCAAACAAAUUCUGGAUUCUGCCACUCUCAAUUCAUCACAUAACUAGCCUAUCAAUUCAUCCAAUCGAUACCUCACAAUAUUUAUUCA